CAAGAGCACAUCUAUCUUUCGCUAGAGCGCAGUGUUAGACUCAAUAAUGGAGAUUUAACAAGUACUUGCACGCUGGAAAGCGGCUCCCUUCGCCUACAGCUUCCCGUGCAUGGCUCGUUUCAUUUGUUGACAAACUAUGGACAAUGGGCAACGCGAAGGUUCUCAUCAGGAGGAGGACUGCUUGCGCUCGACGGCAAAUGAAAGAGAAGGCUCCAGCAGAAAUACGAGCCAUGGCGGACACAAGCGAAGCAUAUCAGGCACGCUUCUGGAAAGCCUUUCGUUCUUGAAGUCCUCUGCAAUGAGCGGUACCUCAUCAUCUGCUCGGACCGACGAUCAAGAACAUGGCGUCGAAGAGAUUAGCGGCAUACGGCGAGGGUCCUCGAUGACGCAGGCCGUCCGCCAAACCCAGGGUCGAAAGAGGAAGGGAUCAUUAAGGAAGACAGCGAUACUCGGCACAGGCAAGCUGCUACGAGAGCGCCGCCUUUCCCUUCGUGCUGCCCCGAAACCCAUUUCCGUUGACACCACGACAAGCCCCUCUUCCCCCCAGGCUGACGGAGACACCACCCCUCGCCGCUUUACUUACGAGGAUACCUCGCUGAGCUCGUCUUCCGACAGCCUGUGGUUGCCUCCGGCGAGAAUUCCUGUUCCUGCAGGCACCGCAGGUCCCACGGGUGAGGGGCACUUGGACUCGACAACACCACGUGCAGAUGGUCACCGGGUGGUUAACCCCAUCGGUCCUUACGCUUCCACCACAGACGAUGAUGAAGGUUUGACUUUCUUCCGUCCUACCGUCGCAACUACCGUGAGCUCCUCCUUUUCUGCUGUCCCAGGACACUCGAGCUCAACCCCGUCACUGCAAAGACGGAGAUCAAACCGAGCCAACCAGCUCCCAUCCUUGGCCAUCACCCAUACACCGCCAGAAAUUGCACCAGACGAGGAGUGGGACUACAGCGAGACCGAAUGGUGGGGGUGGGUGGUGCUCGUAGUCACUUGGCUUGUGUUUGUUGUGGGAAUGGGCUCCUGUCUCGGAGUCUGGAGCUGGGCCUGGGAUGUUGGGGAGACGCCAUACGCGCCACCUGAACUGGAGGACGACCCCACGCUGCCAAUCACGGGAUACUAUCCGGCAUUGAUGGUAUGUACAGCGGUGAUGGCUUGGGUAUGGGUUAUCGUUGCUUGGGUGGGCAUGAAGUACUUCAGACAUGCCAAAGAUGGGUAGCGGCAUCAUGGUUCCCCUCGAGUAGGUGUCCUGUUUCUAUAUUUGCUGCGCCGUUGCUUUAACAUCGGUCGUUAUAGCCAAUAAGAUUCAUGUCUGAAACCUUAAGCCAUAUCGUCUCUGUUAAUGCGAUUACAUCUCCACUAAACGGUUUCUAGGG